CUGUUUUUGGCUCAAGGUGCUGCGCGACCGCUGAGGUGUUGCCGAGCGCGCUCGUGGGGGGCGCUGGGGCGCCGCUGCAGCUCGUCGGCGGCGCGCCGGCUCGCCGCCCGCCGUCGCUUCCCCCCCCCUCUUCUUGCCGCGCGGCGCAUGGCCCAGGGGCGCGCCGGCAACGGGGCCCGCGCGCUGGACCUCCUGCUGGCGGGCCCGCACUGCGGCGCGAGCGAGGUGCUGGAGCUGUCGCAGUGCUGCGCGGCCCUCCGGGGCGCCGCGGGCGAGGAGGCAGUCUGGAAGGCGCUGCUGACCCUCCGCAACGGCGCCGUGCUGAGGGCCCUCUUCGACGACGAGCUGCCAGUCCCGCGAGAAGGGCGCACGUGGAAGGAGCACUUCUUCGACUUCGAGCGGGACUGGCUCCAGCUGGCGCAGGAGCGCUCUGGACGGCGGCUGGUCCGCAUGAACGCGGUGUGCGCCAUGGGGUGCGAUUGGCCAGACUACGGUGUGCCGUGGCACCUGGACCAGCCGCGGUGCGCCUGCCGUGGCGCCAUCUGCCGCCGGACGCGGCGCGCCUACGGCGUCUACGACGUGACGGAGUUCACCCCGCUGCACCCCGGGAGCGACGCGCUCCUGCGGGCCACGGAGGUGGCCGACGCCACCGCGCUCUUCGACGGCAUCGCCCACUCGCAGCAGGCGCGGCGGCUGCUGCGCAGCAUGGCCGUGCCCGGCCUGGAGGCCCUGGUGCCCUGGGACGCGCUGCGCCCCGUGCCGCACCGGCCCGAGACCGCAGCGGGGCGCCUCCAGGUGCUGCUGUGCUCGGCCGCGGACUGGCUCUGCCGCGAGCUGUCCUCCGUCCCGCAGCGGCUGCGGCGCCUCGGCGCCGGCGGGAAGUGGCUGUCGGCCGUGCUCAGGGUCUCUGGUGCGAUGCGAUGCCCUUACUCCUGA